UAAAACCCCUCGUUCAUGGUAGCACUGUACAUCGCUUCUUCUUUCUGGAAGUGUGAGGAUUUUGGCUUUUCCUACAGAACACUGGCUGUCAUGUUUGUGUAUAAGGUGACUGUGGGCCUGCUGGCCCUGCUGUUCAUCUGCUCUGUUAGAGCUGAGGAGGAGUUGUCUGUUGGGGAGUUGAUCGAAAGAGCUAACAGAGCAAUCAGUCGUAAUGGUGAUGGGCCUAAGCUGAUUGAAAGAGACAUUGUUGUUCCUGAUAACAGUGAGAGGAAUGCUGAUCCCUGUACCUCUGCUGCUUGCCUGUGGCCAAAAUCCUCUGAUGGCUAUGUCUAUAUUCCCUACCUCAUUGCCAACCAAUACACUUCCAGUGAACUGCAGGCCAUCCAGCGUGGUCUGAACUCCUUCUCCUCCGUCUCCUGCAUCCGCUUCAUACAACGUACCAAUGAGAGGGAUUACAUCACCAUUCAGUCCCUUAAUGGAUGCUACUCUCCAGUUGGAAGACAAGGUUACAGUCAGACGGUUUCUCUGGCCCGUUUUGGCUGCAUCUACCUCAGCACAAUCCAGCAUGAGCUGCUCCAUUCUCUGGGUUUCAACCAUGAACAGACCCGCAGUGACCGUGACAACUACAUCCGUAUUGUCUGGGAGAACAUUAUUGAUGACAUGAAGUACAACUUCAACAAGAUCAAUACUCUGAACCUGGGAACUCCCUAUGACUACAACUCUGUUAUGCAGUAUGAAAAAACUGCUUUCUCUAAGAAUGGCCUGCCCACCAUGGUCCCCAUCCCCAACAGUAACGUGCCCUUCGGCACGGCGACACAAAUGAGCCAAAAUGACAUUAUCAGACUCAACAAACUCUACAAGUGCUAGACUGAUGAACACUGCAAAGGCCUUUCUUCCUGGUGCCCCUUUAAGACUUUGCCUACAAGGAUAUAAGAGAUGUUUCAAGCAGUUUGACUCUAACAAUAAAAUUAGCAACUUUA